GGCUGGAUAAUGUGUUCCCGUUCCGUCAUGGGAAUAGUGAUGAUGGCGUGACGGAAAGAAAAAGCGGGAGCGAAGAGAGAGAGAGAGUAGAGCGAGAGAGACAGGCAGGCGCACAGCACGGAGGCACGGAGCGAGGAGCCGCGCCGUCUCCUCGUGUUCUGCUGCGUUGAAGCCGAGCUCACAUUGGUGUGGCGGGGUGGGAGCGAGUGGAACAAGAAGAGGGAGAGAGGAAGUCAGGGCUCAGGAGAGACAGAGAGCACCGAGCAGCAUGCGCCCUUCUCUCUGUUAUAUUCCUCUUUUUCUUCUGCUACCAUUACAUUUGGUAUUUGCUAGACCACUCUUUCCACUACCAAGUAAGCCCAAGAAUGAAGAGAAGAAGCCUAUACAGAUAUUUCGGCCAUAUAACAUUGCUCAUCGUGGCUCAAAUGGGGAAAUUCCUGAGGAAACAGCUGCUGCUUACCUGAGGGCUAUUGAAGAAGGUGCAGAUUUUAUAGAGACCGACAUCCUUGCUACCAAAGAUGGGGCCUUGAUCUGCUUUCAUGAUGUAACACUUGAUGACACAACUGAUGUCGCCAAGCAUAAAAAGUUUGCCAAUCGAAGAAGAACCUAUGAAGUGGAGUGGUUUAAUGUUACUGGAUGGUUUGUAGUCGACUUCACACUUGAGGAGCUUAAAACACUUAAAGUGCAGCAGCGAUACUCAUUCAGAGAUCAACAGUACAAUGGUAUGUUUUCAAUCAUCACCUUUGAAGAGUUCAUUUCAAUCGCGCUAGAUGCGGGGAGAACUGUUGGAAUAUACCCAGAGAUUAAGGACCCAGUUUUUAUCAACAAGCAUGUCAAGUGGGCCGAUGGAAAGAAGUUUGAGGACAAAUUUGUGGAUAUCUUGCUUAAAUAUGGAUAUAAAGGUCAAUAUAUGUCAGAGAAUUGGCUAAAGCAGCCAUUGUUUAUACAAUCCUUUGCUCCCACCUCCCUUUUACAUGUAUCAAAAUUGAUAGACUCUCCCAAGGUAUUUUUGAUUGAUGAUUUCACAGUGAGAACACAAGACACAAACCAGUCAUACUGGGAAAUCACUUCAGAUGACUACCUUGCAUACAUUAGGAACUACGUUGUCGGCCUAGGUCCAUGGAAAGAUACUAUUGUUCCAGCCGCAGGAAACUACUUGAUGGCACCAAGUGAUCUUGUUGCACGGGCACAUGCUCAUAAUCUUCAGGUACACCCUUACACAUACAGGAACGAGAACCGGUUCCUGCACUUCAACUUUCACCAGGAUCCCUACACUGAAUACCAUUUCUGGAUAAACACGGUGGGGGUUGAUGGACUGUUUACAGAUUUCACUGGAACCCUACACCGGUACCAAGAACUGACGUCUCCGCACCCGAAGGAUGAGACCCCAAACAGCCUCCUAGUAAAAAUUGCUGAAAUGAUCUCAGCAUAUGAAGGCCUCUGGGAUACAGAAGAUUUCAGACCACACAGCCUGAACAGAGGAAGGAUGGAAGCUGCGGCAGCGGCGGCUGCUGUAGCCCGGCCGCCGGAGUGUGCCUCCACCGGCGGACUGCUCACCGGCAGAAGAAGAUCGCUGCUGCCCCACAGGCGAUCGCAGAGGCCAACGCUCUCAGCUGGAGCUGCGAGCUUUUCCACCGCCUCGUUGAAGCGAGCACCGAGAAUCCAAGACCAUGGAACAAAGGUCCAGGUUUGUGCAGCGCGGAGGAGACGAGCAGACAUCCAGUCGGACACGUACGUGCUGAUGGAGCCCGGCGCGGACGAGGAGUUCGUCUCCAGGGAGGAGCUGGAGGCCAGGCUCAAGGGCUGGCUAGAGAACUGGCCGGCGGACGCGCUGCCCCCCGACCUCGCCAAGUUCGACACGGUCGACGACGCCGUCUCGUACCUCGUCAGGUCGGUGUGCGUGCUUGAGAUCGACGGCGAGGUCGGAUCUGUGCAGUGGUACCAGGUUGAGCUGGAGUAGUCUUGUUCGGAUUUUAUCCCACCGAAAGGAACCUGAAGUAGUCUUGUUACAUGACCACAUACAGUGCCCUGCGUGUAAUAUUUCGAGCAAAUCUUUAUGGGACUCUACACACUUCAAUCAAAGCUUUCACAAAAA